CAUUCCAUAAGUGGUCCAAUCUCAACCUCCAAGCCUCUGACAGCCUUGUCAGAUAAGAGAUCAAACUAUGGAGAAAUUCCUGUACAAGAGCAUCUACUAAGAACAUCUUCAACUAGCCGACCCGCCUCUCUCCCAAGAGUCCCUGCUAUGGAAAGUGCCAAGACCAUCUCAGUGUCUCGACGGAGUAGUGAAGAAAUAAAACGGGACAUCUCUGCAUCUGAGGGAGCGUCACCAGCCUCUCUCAUGGCUAUGGGCACCACGUCGCCGCAGCUCUCCCUCUCUUCCUCUCCCACUGCCUCUGUCACUCCAAGCACCCGGAGCCGAAUAAGGGAAGAAAGGAAAGACCCCCUCUCAGCAUUGGCGAGAGAAUAUGGAGGAUCCAAGAGGAACGCCUUGUUGAAGUGGUGUCAGAAGAAAACAGAAGGCUAUCAGAAUAUUGACAUCACAAAUUUCAGCAGCAGCUGGAACGAUGGGCUGGCUUUCUGUGCAUUGCUUCAUACCUAUCUCCCAGCCCACAUACCUUAUCAGGAGCUGAACAGCCAAGAUAAGAAAAGGAACUUCACCCUGGCUUUCCAGGCAGCUGAAAGUGUUGGGAUCAAGUCCACUCUGGACAUCAAUGAAAUGGCACGCACUGAACGGCCCGACUGGCAGAACGUCAUGCUAUAUGUCACGGCCAUCUACAAGUACUUUGAAACCUGAGCAUACAGGAGCGGCUGCUACCAGCUAGGGACCUCUGCAGUCACCAAGUGACACCAACACCAUUAGCUAGAACCCCUAAAGCUUUCAGCGACUCUGGGCCUCCCGGCAGGGAGUGUGCUCAGCUCUAGGCCUCUGCAUUGGAACUGGAACUGCAGACCAGGGCUCUUCCACAUGGCCGUCCUCGGGAUCAGAGUACAACACACUGCCAGCCUACUUGGGAGACCAUCCAGCUCCAUCAGUGCCUGGAGUGUAAAAAAACAUAAAGGCUGUGCCCAGCUCAUCUUGGGAAAUGGGACUACGUUGUGGGGACCACGGGUUAGUGAAAGCUUUAGCCACCGAACUCCUUGACUGUCAUCCACAUGAUUCCCAGUGCUGGGACAGAGCUGGUCUUGGUCCCUUCAUGUGGGCCUGGGUUCUAGGAGUGUGUCAGAGAAGAGGGUCAGUACCCCUUCCAUGUGAGAGGACCAUCCUAACCCAUGCAGUUAACUUAGGAGUGUUAAAACCUAACUUAUAGGCCCACAGCUAGUUGAGUCUACACUGCCACCAAGCAGAUUUUUGUCAGCAGCAAGAAGCAGGUGGCACACUCAGUGGGUGCUCAGCCACUUGCCGGUAGCACCAGGGAAAAGACUGGUCACAGGAGUUCUCCUCGUUGAAGUUGUUGUUUUAUUAUAAGCAAUAUUGGUGAACUAGCUCCUAUUCUGUUAGUACCAAAGUUACAUUGUUUUAGUAAGCAUAGACAUAAAACACAGAAUGUGGGCAUUAGCAUGGAAAGAGUAAGGAGUCAUGCCGGAGGGAAGAGGACGUGCUUUAGGGAGCCACAGAUUCACGUCACACUGAUGGCUGCCCCUCCAGGGCAGGAGUUAAGACAGUGCCUUAGCCCUGCACCAGGACAGCAGAGCCUACACCUGCAUGAGUAUGCUGCAUGUUGAUGGGGGUUCUAGGAGAGGUGACUCCAUGCUGUGCCUGGGCCAUGGGGCCUACAUCACGAGCCACGGCCUUACUCGGUUCUGUUGCUUUCUGGCUGGAAUUGAGCAGCCUCUUUUUGAGAAUUGGAAGCCCUUAUUUCACGUGCCUGACUCAGAAGCUGUUGUUUGAACAAUGUCAAGACCUGUUGCUUCCAGGAUACACUUAUUUGCCACGUGCAAGGCAAGGCACCAUGCGGAAGACUGGCCAUCAAUAGAACUGGGGCCACAGCUUUAGUAACAAGAUGGAUGUUGGGAAUGUCUCCUAGGAGGCAUGCCUGGCCAAACAUGGACUGAGUGAGGUUCUGUAUUCGAGCAUAAUGCUACAGACUGGGAAUUUGUUGUAUCUAUGGAACCUAGAGAAGGAGCAGUGUGAAAGAAAGUAGUUAUUAGGAAGUGGCCUGUGUCUGUAUGUGUGGCCAUCAGAUGGCCAGUCCCACCCAUCCACCCUGCUUAAAUGUCCAAAUCUGGCAGCUCAUGCUGCAGAGUGUACCAGAAGACCCCUAUUGUUCUGUCUGUCCCAGUGCCUCUCUGGUCCUCCUUGGCCCAAUUCUGUUCUUGCUCUUGUUCUGCUGAUGAACUCCUGUUGGGAUGACUAUUGCGUGAGAAUCACUGUUUCUAAAUGAGUCUCCACUGACUUUCUCUGAGCUUCCAGCCUCUGCUGUAUUUGCCUUCACUGAGGCCUGUCCACUGUGCACCAAGGUGUUUGGUCUGAGGCCAGGUUUUAUUUAUUCUUAUGAAAAAGGCGUGUCUUGUUAAAGAGACUUUCCUGGGCUUGCAGUUCACAACUUCUGUCCCUUGCUGGCUAUAUGAGCCUCAUGCCAGCGUAGAAGCUGCCAGAGUUUUCUGAAAGGAUUUGGAGUGAGUCAGCUGCUGCUGAAGGGGUAUGUUCAUAGAGAAAUAACACUGCUGUUCUGGAAUCUGGGGCCCUGGGAUAGGCCCAGAGCCAAAGGCAGGGACAGAUGGUGGGCUAGAGGAGACCCUCUCGCGUGCGCGCACGCACACACACAUACACACACACUGGGUGCCCAUCACAACCAGGGCCAGGCUGCCCAUGUUUGUGUGAGGGUCCACAAGUCUACAGCUGUCUCCAGACCAUUGCUUUUUGCCUUCUCCAAUGGGCCCCUUGAAGAGCACUGUUGGCCCUCUGGGCAUGCUUGUAGACAGCCAUGUGCUGUUAAAAGUAGUAUCUGGGAGUUGUUAGAGUGCCUGUCUACAACGCACGAGGCCCUGGGUUGAUCCCCCCCACCCCUCACCACAUACACCGAGUGUGGUGCGUACCUAUAAUUCUAAUACUUGGGAAACAGAGGCAGGAGGAUCACGAGUUCAGUGUCACUGUUGAUUACAUUGUGAGUUUGAUGCCAGCCCUGGCAUGUGAGACUCUGUCCCCCAAAAAGGUGAUAUUUGGAGGUUCUCUCAUUCUAGGGCUGCUUCCUGGGAAGCUCCAAGAUGUAAGCACGCCUCUUUCCUAAAGCACAAGCUUCACUACAAAAGGGCCAGUUACCUUUCUACUGUUCGCAGUCACAGGCUUCUGCUGAUGAAUGAUACUUUGUCAUUUUGUUCUAGUAAAUACUCUUGAAUGUAUUAAACCGUCA